GGUAAAAAUCAAUCUGGAAUAUACGUCAUAAAACCCAAAACAAGCAGUAAACCAUAUUCUGUUCUUUGCGAUAUGCAAACUAGAGGCGGUGGUUGGACUUACAUUCAGAAUAGAUUUGACGGGUCCCAGGAUUUUUAUCUUCCAUGGAGAGACUAUAAGUUUGGUUUUGGUGAUCUAGAUGGUGAAUUCUGGAUGGGAUUAGAAAACAUUUAUCAUAUGACAGGAUUCGAAACAACUGAACUCCUCAUUGAAUUAACGGAUAGGGACAUGAAAACCGCUUAUGCACAGUACAAAUCAUUUGCAAUUGGACCUGAGAAGGAUGGUUAUAAAAUAAGCACAAUAACUGGGUUUUCAGGAGAUGCAGGAGAUGCUCUGACUCAACACUUAAAUCAUAAGUUCUCUACUUUUGACGUAGAUCAAGAUGGACACGCCACAAAUAAUUGUGCACAAAUAUACGAGGGCGGAUGGUGGUACACUAAUUGUCACUCCAGCAACCUUAAUGGAAAACAUAUGAACAAACCCCUUUCCGAUGCCUACAAAUUUCAUGGACUGAACUGGAAUGGAUUUAGAGGACACGAUUAUAAUUUAGCUGCUUCAAAAAUCAUGAUACGUCCAGUUGUAGAAUAAAUAAUACACUAUUUUACUAAAUAACUUUCAAAUAUUGUGUCUUGUAUUUACCUUAACUAAAUAAAUAUUUUUAUGGCGUU